AUGGACGCCCUGUCCCGCUCGCCCGUCUCGCCGACCCUCUACCAGCCCAUGACCCGCGGUGCUGUCCAACCGGCCCCUCCCCCACAGCCCUACUCCAGGAGACCGUCGAUCAAGGAAGAGGUGAGUCCAGCUCGCGUCGACUGCGCGCCCUGUCGCGUCACUGACCCUCCGCAGGCACCACCACCGCCGCCACCACGCGCCGACCCCAUGUCUCUCUCCAGCAUCAUGUCUUCGGGCGCCGACACCGAACCCUCGAAGCCUGUGCAACCCCCGCCCUUUGCCUCGAACCUGCCGCUGUUUGUCAAACAGGAGGCACAGCCCUCCCCAGCACCCGCCGACCUGCCCCACACAAACGGCUACCGCGCAUACGAAGCUAUGCCCCCGGUCGACAGUGCACCACCACCGCAGCAAUAUGCCGCCCGCGAGCUGCCCCUCCCCGACGAGGCCGAGGUGCAGGCUGCUCUCGCUCACAUCGAGACGACACAGAUGAACGAUCUCGAUGCUGCCGGCGUGCCGCGUGAGCGCGACGAGUACGCCCAGAACAGCAAGAAGCGUGCGCUGGAGGUCGCCGCCGCCGAGGACAGCAAGCGCAAGCGCCGACGAGACGCCCACUUGAGGAGACUCACCGACACGCUCGGCGCACAUCGCGACUACGCCAAGCAAUCGUACAACAUGGAGCACGAGGCUGAUGCGUGGCAGCAAGUCCAGAGCCAAGAGAUCGCCGAGGAGAAGGAGCGCAAGAAGGACAUGCAACGCAAAAGACGGCGCGAGAAGACCAUCCAAAACGAGGAGGCCAAGCGCGCAGAGGCACUGGCCAAAGCUGGCCAGGCCGACAACGAAGAAGAGAAGGAGAGACACCUCCUGGCCGCCCAGAAAGCCGAGCGCAAGGCUAAGAACACUUCGCAACUCCUCCAAGGAAACGCGCCGAUCAAGGACAUUCGCGAUGUCACUCCCAACGGGCCGAACAUGGACGGCGGGACGAUGAGUUCUUUCCAGGCAUCUGAUGACCUCGCUGGUGGAAAGCGCAAAGGUGGCCGCAGCACAGGGCGUCUCAAGAAGAGCAAGGAACAGAAGCAGGCAGAGAAAGACGCUGCUGCGGCUGGUCAAGCUGCUAUCGACCGUGGCGACGACCUCCCUAGCAUUGCACCCCGCGAAGAAGCACGUCUUGGCAUGCUCCAGAGUCGCAGUCAAACUGAGGAUCUGGGACCGGUCGUUCUUACGUCGUACGAUUCCCCCGCAUACCGCAACAUCUACAACCAAAUCAUCAAGGACAUUGCCCGCAAAGAUGUGCCCAAGGUGGUUCGCAUCAAAGAGAACUCGCUGUCGACCAAGCAGUCCAACCUCCGCAAGACCGCACAGCUGGCGUCCAAGGAGGCUCGCAGAUGGCAGAUGCGCACCAACAAGAACACAAAAGAUAUGCAGGCGAGAGCCAAGCGUGGUAUGCGAGAGAUGCUGGCAUUCUGGAAGAGAAACGAACGUGACGAGCGUGAAUCUCGAAAGAACGCCGAACGCCAGGAGCUUGAGAACGCAAAGAAGGCCGAAGCGGACCGUGAAGCGAACCGACAAAAGCGCAAACUCAACUUCCUCAUCUCGCAGACCGAGCUCUACUCCCAUUUCAUUGGCAAGAAAGCCCGCACGGCGGAGAUUGAGAGGUCGACCGACGAUGCAGAGACUGCUGCCAGCGCACCCGCCGAGGAACACGGAAGCGGUCUCGACAUACCCAACAUGUCCGCAGAGGGAGGAGCCAAGGUCACCAAUUUUGAAGACCUCGACUUCGACAAUGAGGAUGAGAGCGCCCUCAACGCUGCUGCCAUGGCCAACGCUCAACACGCCAUUCAACAGGCACAGGACAAGGCCAGAGCUUUUAACAAGGGCGGCGACGGCGAGGACGAUGGCGAGCUCAACUUCCAAAAUCCUUCGGGUUUGCAGAACAGGGAAGACUGGAUACCACAACCCGGCUUACUCGACUGCACGCUCAAAGAAUACCAACUCAAGGGUCUCAACUGGCUGGUCAAUCUGUAUGAGCAGGGCAUCAACGGCAUCCUGGCUGAUGAGAUGGGUCUGGGGAAAACAGUGCAGUCCAUCUCCGUCAUGGCCUAUCUCGCGGAACGCUACAACAUCUGGGGGCCGUUCCUCGUUAUCGCUCCGGCCUCCACGUUGCACAACUGGCAGCAAGAAAUCACCCGCUUCGUUCCAGAUCUCAAUGUACUGCCAUAUUGGGGUUCAGCAAAAGACCGGAAGGUACUGCGCAAGUUCUGGGAUCGCAAGCACAUCACGUACGAUCGGAACGCGCCGUUCCACGUCGUCGUGACGUCCUACCAGUUGGUCGUGCAAGACGCACAGUACUUCCAGAAGAUGCGUUGGCAGUACAUGAUCCUCGACGAAGCUCAGGCUAUCAAGUCCUCCCAGAGUUCUCGAUGGAAAAGUUUGCUUGCCUUCCAUUCGCGCAACCGACUGUUGUUGACCGGAACACCCAUUCAGAACAACAUGCAAGAGCUGUGGGCUCUGCUCCAUUUCAUCAUGCCGAGUUUGUUCGACUCUCACGACGAGUUCAGCGAUUGGUUUUCAAAAGACAUCGAGAGUCACGCCCAGAGCAACACCAAGCUGAAUGAAGACCAGCUAAGGCGUCUGCACAUGAUCCUCAAGCCCUUCAUGUUGAGACGUGUCAAGAAGCAUGUGCAGAAGGAGCUGGGAGACAAGAUCGAGCUGGAUGUAUUCUGCGACCUUACCUACCGCCAGCGCGCUUACUACACCAAUCUGCGGAACAAGAUCAGCAUCAUGGAUCUUAUCGAGAAGGCUGUUGGCGAUGACCAAGACAGCGCGACGUUGAUGAACCUCGUCAUGCAGUUCAGAAAGGUCUGCAAUCACCCUGAUCUGUUCGAGCGCGCCGACACGUGGUCACCAUUCUCCUUUGCCGCCUUCGCUGAGACCGGAUCUUUCUUGCGCGAGGGUCAGAAUGUGCGAGUCGCCUACUCAACACGUAGCAUGAUCGAGUAUCCUCUGCCGCGAUUGGUGUGCCGCAAUGGUGGAAGGCUCGACAUCCCUGGCUCAGAGAAUCCCAAGACUGGCUUCAACGCUCACUGGUUAUACAAUCAGCUGAACAUCUGGACUCCAGACAACCUCGAAAAGUCGGCUCAAAAGGCCGGUGCGCACUCCUGGCUUCGAUUCUCCGAUGUAUCGGUGAGCGAAGCCUCGAAGAUUGCAAAGAGCGACCUAUUCCAUCGAGCUGUUGAGCUUGGGAAUAAGCCAAACAAGGCUGCUCGAUUCAGCAUCCUAUACGAUGAUGAUGACGGAGGAUGGACUCCGAAGCACUCCAUGCUGAACAUCAUUGAUCGACAGGACAGGAAGCCUCUAGCUGAGCUUACCACCGAGGGCUACAUGCACACCCUUCUCAACGUGGCUCGGCCCGCAUUCGAAGAGACGGGGCUUAAUAUUAUUGAACGAUGUGCCAAGCCAGCCGCCUCCGCGCCACCAGUCGAGCUGUACUGCGCCAGUCAGGGCGUCAUCGCUGAGAAGCAGAAUACAUUCUUCAACCAGUCGAUACGAUCCACUCUGUACGGCAUCUCGAGCACGGCUGAACAAGCAAUUCUGGAGUCCAAGGCAGACAGCACAGCUCUGACGGUUCGGGACAGACUGCCACCUCCCACCAACGAGAGGUCACGAUACACACAUAUCGAGGCUCCGUCAAUGUCGCGUUUUGUUACGGAUUCCGGCAAGCUCGCUCAACUAGAUGCACUGCUGAAGGAGCUGAAGGCAAACGACCACCGUGUCCUGCUCUACUUCCAAAUGACCAGGAUGAUCGACCUUAUGGAGGAAUACCUCACCUACCGUAACUACAAAUUCGUUCGCCUCGACGGUUCCACCAAGCUCGAAGACCGUCGAGACACUGUUGCCGACUUCCAGAGCGACAGAUCGAUCUUCGUCUUCUUAUUAUCCACCCGUGCUGGUGGUCUCGGUAUCAACUUGACGUCUGCCGACACCGUCAUCUUCUACGAUUCUGAUUGGAACCCCACCAUCGAUUCGCAAGCUAUGGAUCGUGCUCAUCGUCUCGGUCAGACCAGACAAGUCACUGUCUACCGUCUCAUCACGCGCGGUACGAUUGAAGAACGUAUUCGCAAGCGUGCGCUGCAGAAAGAAGAAGUACAGCGCGUCGUCAUUUCCGGAGGCGCCGGCGGCGCAGUCGACUUCAACACUCGGUCCAGGGAGAACCGCACCAAAGACAUGGCCAUGUGGCUUGUGGACGACGAGCAGGCGGCCGAGAUUGAGAAGAAGGAGGCUGAGCUCGCUGAGCAAGAAAAAAACGCGCCACCAGGCAAAAAGCGCAAAUCAAAGAAACGAGUUGAGGCCAACUUGGACGAUAUGUACCACGAAGGCGAGGGACACUUCGACCAAAGUGAAAAGCCCAGCGGUGCAGCAACACCUAUUCCCAACGCUGAAGCGCCUGAAGGCGGCAAAAAGAAGAAGGGCCUCAGCAAGAAAGCGAAAACUGCGAAACAGCGUCUCGCGGUUGCUGAUGGAGAAGUUUGA